UCUACCUGUUGCUCGAGCGGCGAAGACUGCGCUCUAUCUACCUGGCAGCCGAGACUUCGCUCGUGACCUCGUGCAUUCCUUUUUUCUUUUUUUUUUUUCUUUUUCGUUCUGUCCCGCGCGUAACAUUGAGUGUCGUCAGAACUGUCACUAGCUCGAUACGCGAUCACGACCAACAGGAGAUUAGAAAUACCAGCUGCAAUUCGUUAUCUGCCUUAUCGCGCGAGACGGUUGGGAUACCUAUAUCGCGAGUUGUGAGCGACUCGAGUGUUUAGUCUAUCUCUCUCCCUCGUCAGGAGUGCUUUCGAUAUUCCGUAUGGAGUGUACCCGGGUUGCCUUCAAGUUGUCGUCAGUAGUGGCUCGAGACGCUUGGAGGUAUUUCAUCGCGGUAGUCCGCUCUCAGUGACUGCAAUUAGUUUAUUUGCAUUCUUCCGUUGGGUAAUAUUUACGUCACGCGAGUUAUCCGCGCGAUCUGGACCGAUGCUGUCAUUUCAUGAAGCGAGGUGGAAGCUACAUUGCUACGAUCCGCGACGUUACUACCAUGUCACGAGGCCGUGACACCGUAAUCGUCGCGAAGAAACGGAUUUCCUCCGUGAUUUUGCGUGCUCCCAUUGGAGCGCGACGCAAUAAUCGGCGGAAAUUCAUCUGGUGAAUUCCAGGUGAUACACACGAGUGUUUCGAGAGCGACUGUGUGUGGUGCCUGCGAGGGAGUGAUCAACGCUGAAGAACGACCGGAUUGUUCGCCGUGGUAUACCGGGUGACGGGGCGAUAAGGUCGUGAAGAUCGACCACGCGAUUUCGUCCGAGGGUGAGAGUGGAAACACGUACCACGACCGACCUGGUGCCACAACUGCUGGGCAUGUUCGACGAGCUAGCGCGUCGACGCGAUGGUUAUAGCGGCGAACACGCAGUCUUGACGUCGUCCUGCGGGAUCUCAGCGGCCUUGCAAAAGCGCCUGAGUCGUGUACCGGCCUCUCAUCGAGGCUCCAUAUUCGGUCAACUGUGCACCAACGGUGACUUAGCCAAGUCCGCGCAUCAGGGGGAUCCGAGGUACGACGGAAAAGAAGGAUCCACGGACCCUACCGACAACACUAUGCUGGAGACGGUCGUCUCGAAAUCCGUGGCGUCGUUGGAGGACGAACGUAACGGGGUAUCCACCGAGGAGAAGCAGUCCUAUAGGCGAGAGAGCAACAGUCUCACCCCGCUCAGGUACAAUAGGCGCUGCAGAAAUGGUGGUAGACCGCUUUCUGGAAGCUCCAUCGCGUCCAGCACGUCUUCCAGUAGCUGUAGCAAUCAGGGUAACACGUGUGCCGUCAAUCCCUAUUUGGCGUCCGUUGAGUCCCUUGCCGAUACCUGUGCCAGUUCCCAGGGUUCCGCGGAUAGCGGAGUCGUGACAGUCUCGGAAGCCAGUUGCCGAAUCUUGAACGACGACAAUGGCCAGAGGAGGGACAGCGCCGAGGAGGAUCCUGCGUGUCACAGGCCUCGCUACUGCGACCCACAUCGCAAUCCCGUCGAUAUGGUACUCCUGGAGAUCGUAGACACAGAGGCGGUAUACGUCGAGCAUCUGCGCCAAGUUAUUCAGGGUUAUCUCAUAUUCUGGAGGGGCGAUCCGACGUCGUUCGCGCGGCAAUCGCUCGGCGAUUUAUUUAGCAAUAUUGAAGAUAUUUUCAAAUUUAAUAGGGAAUUUUUGCGAGAACUCGAGAAAUGCGGCUUAGAUCCCGUUUGCGUGGCCGAUACGUUUCUUCAGUAUAUAUCAGGAUUUAAUGUGUAUACCGAAUACUGCACUAAUUAUCCAAGGGCAGUCUCCGUGUUGACCGAUCUAAUGAGCCAGGAAGAAACGGCGUCUGCUUUUCGUGAACGACAAGCCGCCCUGGGGCACGCGCUGCCGCUCGGAUCAUUUCUUUUGAAACCCGUCCAAAGGAUUUUAAAGUAUCACCUGCUUCUAAAGAAUUUAUCGAAGGAAUUCGGCGCCGAUUGUGAUUCGAGAGAGAACGAGGCUGAAGGCAGAAAUGCCAUCGAGGCUGCUCUCGCCGCGAUGACUGGCAUAGCGAAGGACAUCAAUGCCAUGAAGAGGCGGCACGAGCACGCUGUACGCGUUCAAGAGAUUCAAUCACUUUUGUACGGUUGGUUGGGACCAGACCUAACUACAAGUGGCGAAUUGGUUGCGGAAGGCCGAUUCAGGAUGCGAGGGGCCAAAGUGCCGAGGCACGCUUUCCUUUUUGACCGAAUGCUACUACUCACGAAGAAAAGGGAGGAUGGCCUUCUCGUGUAUAAAGCUCAUAUUAUGUGUUCAAACUUGAUGCUGAUUGAAAGUAUUCCAGGAGAGCCACUUAGUUUUCAUGUAAUACCUUUCGAUAAUCCUCGAUUGCAGUACACAUUACAAGCGCGCAACUUAGAACAAAAGAGAGAAUGGACUCUGCAGAUUAAGAGAGUAAUAUUAGAGAAUUAUAACGCAGUUAUUCCUUCGCACGCGAGACAAUUAGUAUUACAACUAGGUCAAACGCAACAAGAAGAUGACGCUUUAGCGGACAAAAGCUCGGCGAAAAAAUAUUCGGCGCCUCCAGAAUACUUGGAGAAACGUAAACAGGAGAGGGAUAGACGCAGAUCAGAAACCGGUAUCAGGCAGAAAUUCAAGAAGGGUGCCAGAAAAUCAGAUACUGCGAUAGAGAGUUCACCCGCAUCAUCGCGUAAAAAUGGCAACGAAAAUCGCAUCAUAAACGACUCGAGAGAGCAAACCUUUAACAGAUCUUCGGAUGCGCGAGCUUCGAAAGUUAAGGAUCGCUUCACUGGCUGGAGACGGAAAUCUGAGCCCGGUUUCCAGUCGUACGUGUGUCUCAAUCACUCCGACGAGGAAGAGACGCAGAAGAGGGAGACUGGCGCAGACGUUGAAUCUACAACGGCCGAGACCGAGGAGGCGGCCGAGGUUCGUUCGAGCGAGGAGGAGCAGCAGAAAGCGGAAACGUUGAAUUCGCCACCGGUCGAAGCCAAAGACAACAAUAACAGCGAGCAGCACCAGGCCACCGAGGCGCAAACAGUGGAGCAGAUUGUCGGUCACAUUCUCAAGCAGAACCAAGAGUUUCAGAAGCUGCUGGAGAAGCAGCGAACCAACAGCAUCAUUAACGUACGGCAGCAACGUUUCAACAAGCGCAUCACAGCAGACACGUCGGAUGAGAGCGACACUGAAAACUCUAGUUAUAUCGCCGGCUCGAGCAAUCACAACCAUAACAAUAACCACGACAGCAGCAAUAACAACAACACCAAUAACCGACUGGGUCGUGCGCGAGCCACGCAUCGAGAACAGCGUCUGAUCCGGACAAACAACGCGUUGAACUCGUUAUCCUCGGCGUCGGCGCGGGAGAAUCCGCCGUUGCAGUUGCUCUACGAUAACCUGAAGACCAACCAAAAGUCAACCGAAUCGUCGAUCCUCGCACGUAACGCCAAGACGAAUCACGUGCAUGAGAAGCGGGCGCUCUUCGAGGCGUUCAAACGGCAGAGCAUCGUUACCGAUAGCAAGGUGAUCAAAACGGCCCUGCGAAUCCGCGAGAACUCAACGUCGAGUAGCGGCAACGACGUCGCGGACUCGUCACUGCCCACGGCAUAUGACUCGAAUCACACGUUACGACUAGAACAACGCAAGGAGCUUAAUUCCCCGGCGAUCACGAUGGAACAUUGCAACAGCGAGAAAAGCGAUGUCAACGACACGCCACGCGACGCAGAUUCCAAAGGCUUCGGCAACUACGACAAUCUACAGCACGUCUGGGAGGGUCUACAGACGGAGAAGGACGUUGACGGCAACGACAGUCCGACCCAGCCCGCCGUCUGGCUCACUAAACUGUGCGAAGGAUUGCCGACUUCGCCACCCAAGUGCGGUUCGUUGCCCCGCAGUUUUCAAAUCAGCCCAAACUCGCAACAGCCGAGCGUGACGAAAUCGCGCUUUCUGCAACGAGACGGCAAGCCGAUGAGCGAGCGGCCGUUCACGAUCGCGUCCGACAAGCCGGCCGAGAUCAAUCUCGAGGAUAUGGAGAGGUACGCAUCCACGUGUCAACCUGAGGGUAGAAUUGCCAAGUUUCCGAUGCCCGCUUCGACGAGCUCUUCCAGCUCGUCGACCUUCUUCUGCUCGUUUGAGGAUGCGACACUGAGCGAUGCAUAUUCGGACGUGCGCGUGUCUGCGAAUGGCGCAAGCAUCCACCCGGAUCACAAGAUUUAUCGAGCGAACGGCGGCAGCACGAUCUUUAAAAGUGUCCUCUCCAAGGCGGGCAGCCGUCUACAGGGUUUGAGGAACACCAUGAGUACGGAAACACUCGAGUGCAGCGAUGAACUCGAUCGUACUCGUUACUUUCCCUCCUUGAGCGGUAAAUGCCAGUUGAAAAGACGGAACAAGUCGAAGCAUGCUAAGGAAUCGUCUUCGGACGUGGAGGAGCUGGUGAGUUGUACGAGCGCCGGUGUCUCGGACCAGCGAGUACCUCUGCUUUACUAUAAGCAGGGCAGUUCCAGUCUGGGCGCCAGAAUCGCGCAAUCCGACUACGCCGACCCGGCGAUUCUCUUCGCCGAGAACAAACGCAAUCAAGCCUCUUCCGCCGCCGAUCAGUUCAAGAAAACCGAAUCGGAGGGGGGAGAGCGCGAAGAGGAGGACCCGUGUGACAAGGAUACUACGCGCGAGCGUCGCGAGAGCGAGGCUGACAGCUUCUACGAAAGAUGCUUCGAGACCAUCGAAAACUACGUGGACGCCGAUGUGGACGAAGCGUUCAGGGACAGUGCAAUUUUUAGCGACGUUGACGAAGUGUUUGUGACGCAGCAGCCGUCACCGACCGCGACGACGAUGACUAUGACAGCACCAUCGUCCAUGGCGAAAGCGAAAGUCGCGCCACCGAUACCCGCCAAGAAGAAACAAGAGACGUUCUCUUUGUUAUCGAGGUACAAGCCGAACGUUGCGCAAAAGCCGGAUUACCUGAGAGUGAAGUCAAUGUUCGCGAAGGGAAACCCAGUCGGCGACUCGGAGGUCGCCGUCGGCAAUAUUACCGCGAGAUUAUCCCCGUCAACCGACUAUCAGUCGCUGGAUGAUGGUCCACGGGGUGCAUGCAACCGAGACGCGGCCGAAGCAAACGCGGACGACGUUUCUGCGGGGCAAAGUCAGGCGGGCUGGGUGCGGAAAAUAGUAGGUCAAUUACAGGGUCAUGUAGAGACGUGAUGCGUGUUCAUAGACACAGGUUGACGAGUUGAUCCACGAAACGAGAACUGUGUUCGAAAAAGUCAGAUCCGCACGGACAGCGCGAGAUAGUCGUGUGAGUAGAAAGCGAAAUUAAUAAUUUUAUACUUCGAGGCGGGUAUGUAUAGCGACGAGGUUUCUUUGAAACUUAUUAAAACUUUUCAACUUGAUUUUACAACGAUACGAACAAUGAAGCUUGCUGUAGUUCCAAGGCACUUUGAAAGAUCUUGUAUGACUCAAGAAUACAGAGAAUAGAGUCUCUUUAAUCGCCAACGAAAAUAAAGAGCUCUUCGCUCAGUUUUCUCGCGUUACUCCCAUCGACGUGUAGGUUGGAAACGCUCGCUCCAUAUUGCUGUCAGCCUAAUGGCUAACAACAAUUAUCAGGAAAAGGUCAAAGAACUGACUGAAGUUAGGCGUUUUGAAGUUUUACUACACGUGCCUGGAAUAUCGUUAACAACACAACGCGAUAGCGUUAAGGCUCUUAGUGCCUCGCCGCAGAACUCUUUAUUGAUGACGUCAGAAACGAAGAAAUGUAUACCCAAGAUUUCUGCGAAGUACGUCGAAAUGAACAGUUGUAUCCAAUAAGUGACAUUUGUAAUCUAUUAAACUUGUUCGGAACACUUUGGAAAUGUGUUUAAUCAAUUGCAAAAAUAUCACUUAUUCGAUAUAUCUUUUUAUUCCGACGUACUUUGCAAAAAUUUUAGACAUGCUUCUCCUCGUUUCUGACGUCAUAAAUGUUGUAAACGUGUACAUCCACGUGUUUUAUCUCAUAGAAAUGUAAGAAAUGACACGCCGAGUUCUCAUACUUAAUACUUAUUGCCUAUAGACUGUUGAUGUAUAUUAAGUAUUGUUUGAUAUUACUUAUGUUAUAUACAUAGAAAAUAUACGAGGAGAAAAUUUUAAUUAUACAGGAGCAUUUACGAAGCCAUUUAGCGUUUGAUUGAACGGGGUAGUUUAAAUGCACGUGGACAAUACGAGCCUGCAAGUUCGGUAUUGUUUGGGCAAACGUCACUCUUAAUCAAUUUUUUCACUCUGUUGGUUUUUUUUUUCCAGACAACUGUGACUCUUCUCACAUCGUCGUAAUUAUAAUAAUUAAAAUAUUGGUUGAGUAAAACGUUACCUCACACAAACGUACGGACGUCGAUACAAAACGGUGUUCCGCAUAUUGAUCGAUUGAACGAAUACAAAACGGUAUUCCGCAUAUUAAUCGAUCGAUCAAAGCGAGACGAAUACGCUGAGAAGAUAAAAAAUUUUAUAUUAAUCUUAAUUUUAUUUACUUAAUUUUCUAUUUAAUUAUUUAAUUGAUAUCGAUAGGGACUGUGUGCUCAAUAGAAUAUGCGGAAUAUCGUAUUUAUAUAAUGAUCUCCGCAAAUUUGCAAACCUGAUGCUCUGUCGAUAAUUUCAGGGAAAAUUUCAAACUGCAACACGUAAAGCAUUAAGGAUUUUUUGCGGAAGAUACCGCGUUGCGACAACUGUAUCUCACCGUUUCACAGUCACAGCAUAUGCCAUUUGUAAGGAGCUGUUUUGCGAACAAAGAGAAUAAUCGUUAUAUAUAUAUAUAUGUAUUGUGCUAUUAGUGUACAAAGUAAUAUAAAAUUUUAUAAAA